UGUCCUCUGCAAUCUGCAUCUCGUCUCGUGUGCCGUCAAAACAUUCGACACGGCAUCGUUUACAUUUUUUUAUUUGUUUACUUGUAAUACGUGCAAAAUGUGAUUCUAGUUUUGUAAAUUACUUUUUUAGUAUUAGCACAACCUUCUUUUUACCCUCAAUUACCAAAGAAUUCUACUAAAGAUUAUUAUUAAGUGUGAUUUAUUAAUAGACGUUGAGAUUGUACAGUGAUUUAAGUCGUGGUAUUUUUUGUGAUAUAGUGUUGUAAAUUGUAACAUUAAAAUGGCUACAUUACCAAGGAUGAACUCUUCAAAACAUGGGACCAGUAUUACGACGCCUUUUAGCACCAGCCCGCGCAAGCUGCAAGAAAUGACGCUACCAACUGACGGCCAUGACGUGACAACGGCUAGCGGCGUUAGCAUGAAGCAGUAUGAAGAACAGUUAAACAAUUUAAGGAAGGAGAAUUUCAAUUUAAAGUUACGGAUUUAUUUUCUAGAGGAAAAGCUUGGAGCCGGCGCGCCGCCCGCUGUUCAAGGAUUAUUGGAACACAAUGUGAGACUUCAAGUGGAAGUAGAGGAGUUGAGGAGACAACUGAGUGACAAACAGGAAUUGCUAGCAGCAGCUGCAGAGGCAAUCGAUGUGUUAGAGCAUCAGGGCUCAAUAUCAAUGGAUGCCGCAGAUGUUUCAAACACCAGUAUCAUAAAAAAAGAAGCAUUUGAACCAUCUCAGGUUCCUGACCCACCAACAGACGCUGUGGAUGAAACAUACCAAUCUGAAUCAGCCACGGGUGACUACUUAGGUGUGACUAUUAAGAGUGAAGAUAAUAUGGAUCAAUUGACUCGGCUCAAAAAAGAAAAUCGUAAAGCUCUUCACAUGAUCAAGGAAUGCAUGAAAAAGCUUCAACAACAGGACAAAGAGAUGAAAAAAUUGAAAAUGGACAAAGAAUUGACUUAUGCACAUGUGAGUGAUUCUCAAAUAGAGAAAUAUGAAGAGAUAUUAAAAUGUAAAGACGAGCAUAUCAAGGACUUGGAAAGCAAAGUUAGAACACUACAAAAUAACUUUGACAGUAUGCAAAAUGAAGAUUCCUCCGGAAAUCUACAACAGCUCUUGACAAAACGUCUUCAAGGCCUGGCAUUCUUCUUGGACAAAUUAUUAUCCCACAAGUGCGUCCUCGGUGAAGAAAAAAAGAAGCUAGCUGAGAGUAUUUUGGAACAAACCCUAGCACUGCCGGUGGGUUUGCAGUUGGACGAGUCUAUGGCCGAAGAACUGACCAUGGACGAGAGUAACCUCGAUAUUUCACAUUCUAUGAGAAUAGAAGAUUUAACAUUAAUGUUCGGACAUCACAUGGCGUGCGGCGAUGAUAAUCGGCAUUCACUUAGGAAGCCCCUGAGACAUUUCCCUCAAGCAGAUGUUAUAUCGGAGUCAGAAUGUUGGUCGGAACCAGACAGAAACGUAUCUCUGGCUAGAGUUGGUCUCUGCCAUACCGGUGUAACGAUACGCGAGAGUAUGUCCGAAGCCAAUAGAUCCCGCGCGCGUCGUUCGAGAAUAUCCUAUGGAUCACGCUCCGAAGACAACAAACCCAUAAACGAAAGUGAAUUGAAACAGAAUGAGAUGUCUGUUCGCAACGAACAGUUGGAAGAAGAGAAAAAAGAUUUGACUCUAAAAUUGGAUUAUGCGAUGCAACAAAUCAAUGAUCUAGUCAAUGAAAACGACAAACUCAAAGCUGUUUUGGAAACGGAGCGCUCUGCGACGGUCGAUACUAAUACACGUUUAGAAACUUUGAAAGCUGCGUUGAUGACUAUGGAAUCAAGGCUUGCAGAUAAUGAACAACAAAUAGCUUAUAAUGUUCAACUGGUGGAGAAACUACGUGCAGAGAAACAAGAACUAGAAGCAACUUUUAUGGAGACGGAACGUUCUCUAAGGCGAGCUGCAGACGAAGCGACCGUGCAAGCUUCUCAAGCGUCACUUGAACGAGCGCGAGCUCAACACGACAGGCUACGAGUUGAAAGAGAACUCGAAGAAACUAGAGAAAAAUUGUCCGCAGCAAUGGAAACUAAUUCGCAGUUAGAAAUUGAAGUGACACGGAAAUUGGGCAUGGAAGAUGAUAAAAUGGUCGAGUUACACGAAGGCCUGCUGGAAGAGGAUCGCUCGACCUCUCCAGAUCAAGGCAUAGACAGUGAUAGGCUCUCUAGUUUAGAACAUAACGAUGCUGUUAAUUUAUCUCCUCGCUCGUUAUACGAAGAAAAUAAGGCACUGAAACAGAAAUUGGCAAGAAGCAAAGCUACGUUAGCAGAAACCUUAAUACAACUCAACGCUUCCAAUAUGAGAAAGCGAGGUGUGCAGCGAGCCAUAUGUAGGGAAAUACACAAAACUCACGGCGUCCUGCGCCAGGUUCGAGACCACGUUGAACUUCAACAGUAAACCUUCAAUUUAAUUCAUAAUUAUGUGCCAAGUGUAAUCUUCACUUUUUGUAAGUUUAAUUACGCUAUUUUACUUAAAAUGUUCUUUAUGACCUUUAUUAUUAAAUAUUUCGUAUUA